CGCGAUAAUUUCUAGCCCUUGGCUACGUCCCGCCAUGCAUAUGGAGAUGGGAGAUACUUAUCAUCCCGUCAAGUUGGCAACGUGAAAUACCUCGUUAAAGUGCUCUCCUCUUGUGUCCUUUCUACUCUCACCAUGGUUCCUGGCGAGUGUCAUGUCCCAUGAGAUUAUUCGCACCUUGAAGUGAGUGACUGCAAGUGCCGAUAAGCAACACACACACACACACACACACACAUAAAAUAAAGCAGCAAUAAACCACUCAAGCCGACGGCAGCCAUCGCGAUCAUCAUGACGGAGACAAAUCGGGCAACAGAAUCUAGAAAAGUCUGGACGACCCUCAUUACCAACACAGACUAUCUGGCGGGUCUCCUCACCCUGGACUUUUCCCUCAAGCAGGUAGGCUCGGCCUACCCGCUGGUCGCCCUCUACACAGACACCUUCCCUGCGGAGGGCCUUGCCGCCCUCGAGGCCCGUGGCAUCCCCAAGCAGCGGAUCGAGUACCUGUUGCCCACCAAGGGCAAGGACUAUAGCAACGACCCGCGCUUCUACGACUGCUGGAGCAAGCUGACGCCCUUCUCUCUUACCGAGUAUGACCGCGUCGUCCAGCUCGACAGCGACAUGCUCGUACUGCGCAACAUGGACGAGCUGAUGACCCUGGAGCUGGACCCCCCCGCCGUCGCGGCGGCGGGCAACCUCGAUCCCGCGCGUGGCCCCGUCAGCCGGCGCGUGUUCGCGGCCGGGCACGCCUGCGUCUGCAACCCGCUCAAGAAGCCGCACUACCCGGCGGACUGGGUGCCGGAACACUGCGCCUUCACGUCGCAGCACGGGGAGCCCGAGGCGGCGCAGACGGUCGCGGCCGACCCGGCCGUGGGCCCGCUGGGUUUCAUGAACGGCGGGCUGCAGGUGGUCAACCCUUCGCGGGAGGUGUUUGGGCAGAUCGUCGAGCAUAUGGAGCAUAACGCCAGCGCCAUGGACUUUGCCGACCAGAGCCUGCUGUCCAGCCUGUUCCGCGGCCGGUGGGUCCCGCUGCCGUAUGUGUACAACGCGCUCAAGACGUUGAGGUGGGAGCAUGUCCAUGCGCCCAUCUGGAGGGAUGAGUGCGUCAAGAACGUGCAUUACAUCCUGACCCCCAAGCCGUGGGACGCCCUGGAUGAGGAAGGGAACUGCACCUCGAGCGAGGAGACUGAUUCGUGGUGGGCCGCCGUCAAUAAGGAGCGGAAGAAGGACGAGGGUGGGAAGGGCGUCCCUGAUGAUGGCUUCUGAUUGUGCCUUGUGCCUUAGACAGCUACCUAUAU